AGGAUCGAAGCCUGGCGGAAGCGGGGCCAGCCUCAGGGGGGCGGUUCCUUGGACCAUGGCGGCCGCGCCGCCGCUGCGGGACCGCUUGAGCUUCCUGCAUAGGCUCCCCAUUCUCUUGAAGGGGACCUCAGAUGAUGACAUCCCGUGUCCAGGCUACCUGUUUGAAGAGAUUGCCAAAAUUUCCCACGAGUCAUUGGGCAGCAGCCAGUGCCUGCUGGAGUACCUCCUGAACCGCCUGGACAGUAGCUCUGGCCACGUCAAGCUCAAGGUGCUGAAGAUCUUGCUUUACCUAUGUGGUCAUGGCUCUUCCUCCUUCCUGCUCAUCCUCAGACGAAACUCUGCUCUCAUCCAGGAAGCCACAGCUUUUGCAGGCCCCCCUGACCCUCUUCAUGGAAACAGCUUGUACCAGAAGGUGCGGGCAGCUGCCCAGGACCUGGGUAGCACCUUGUUCUCAGAUGCUGUGCCACUGCCUCCCUCCCAGCCACCCCAGGCCCUGCCUCCAGCAGGCAUGGGUGCCCAGGCCAGACCUCAUAGUGCUCUCCAGGGCUUCGGCUACACUAAGGAGUGGGGCCGGACAGGCUCUGCGGGUGAAACCCUCCUCUCUACAAUCCAGAGGGCCGCAGAGGUAGUGGCUAAUGUUGUGCGUCCUGGGCCUGAGAACCCCAGUACCCAGGGACCCCUGCCACGUGGUGAUACCUAUCAGCCUGCAGUGACACCUUUAGCUAGCCACACACACCCCAACCCUGGGACUCUAAUCCUUGGGGCCAGAGCUGUGAGACACCAGCCUGGGCAGGCUGGAGGAGGCUGGGAUGAGCUGGACAGUGGUCCGAGUUCCCAGAAUUCCUCCUGCACCAGCAACCCGAGCAGGGCCUCAGACUCAGGCAGUCGGUCGGGCAGUGACAGCCACUCUGGGGCCAGCCGUGAGCCAGGUGACCUGUCAGAAAGGACUGAGGCCAUGGCCCCAAAUGACUGUCAGCAAGAGCUGAGCCUAGUGAGAACUGUGACACAGGGGCCACGUGUCUUCCUGAGCCGUGAGGAGACCCAGCACUUCAUCAAAGAGUGUGGGCUGCUCAACUGUGAGGCUGUGCUGGAGCUGCUCCUCCGCCAGCUGGUCGGGACCAGUGAGUGCGAGCAGAUGAGGGCACUGUGUGCCAUUGCCUCCUUUGGGGGUGCUGACCUCCUGCCUCAGGAGCAUGUCCUCCUCCUCUGCCGGCAACAGCUGCAGGAACUUGGUGCAGGCAACCCCGGACCUGUGACCAACAAAGCUACCAAGAUCCUGAGACACUUUGAAGCCUCCUGUGGACAGCAGUUCCCUGCCCGAAGGCCCUGUGCCCAGCACAGCUCUGCAGCUGCCCUUGUGGGCCCAGCUGAUCUGCUGACCAGCCCUGUGCCUCCCCCUGGGAGCCAGGUCUUCCUCCAGCCUCUUAGCUCCAUCACCAUCGUGCCCAGGGAUCCUGUGCCCGCUCCAUCCCCAGAUACCCUUCUUCCUGCUCUAGAGGAUGCCAGUGAGGUCAAAACCCAAUUGGUAUGUUCUAGUGAACAGGGGGCAGGAUUUGAGCAGAGCCCAGAGAACACAGACACCCCAGAGGGUAGCUCCAGUACGUGCCUGUGGAGUCCCAACUCUUUGUUUGAGGGAAUGGAGCUGGUGGCUUGCUCCCGCCUGCCCUGCCCCAGCUCCCAGGAUCUCCAGCCAGAUGUACAGGUGACCACAGAACAUUCCAUCUCAGAGCCAUCAGCUUUCCCAUUUUUGAAUAUGUGACUCUCUG